AUGACUUCAAAAUCCAGUAAAAAAAAUAAUCAACAAGCCGCUGCUGCUAAUUCAGCGGACGACCUAGGUUGUGGAUCAACUGUAAGCAAGUUUGCAAUAGGACAAGAAGAUGAAGAAUAUUGGCUCGACGAACACGAUGAGCAACAGCUUGAUAAAAUGGCUGCUGAACAUGCUGAAUUGAUGGCUCUGUCUGAGCAUCUUCGAGUUGGGUGGGAAACCCUUGGAGUUAAUGCUGAGACAGGUGUAUCAUCUUUGGGCGAGUCUGCCAAUAAAUCCACACAGGAAAAUAAUGAUCCAGCAAACAAUUCAUCGGUCGACGAUACUGAUGAAGAUGAUUCAGAAAACAAAGAAAAAAAAUCCAAUAAUAAGUCACAGGAUAGCAGUAAAAGAAAAAAAGUAGAUAUGACACCAGCGACACCAGAGACACCGCUACCAAAGGCUCCCCGUGGCGCUUCAAAUUCAACUGUGGUAGGCUCAAAAUCAACAAAUAUCUCAUUGAGUGCUGCUCCACAGCAAAGAAUAUUACAAUCAUUGAAUACAUCAAGUAUUGGUGCUUCGAAUGAUGCUCAGGAGGAACCUGAUGCACCUCCUAAAAAAGAUCAAAUUCGUUCGACGACACAGUCGUCAGGGUUGGCAAGUGCCAAUGAUGAGCAGGCUAUUGAGCAACUAAAACUGUUGGUAGACGAGCGUAUUGAUGCUCACUGGCAACAUAAGAAGAUCAAAGAAAUCUUUUACAAUGGUGAUCAAAAAGAUCGUGCUCUUACACAACGAGGUGAUAAUCCUGCGUUUUUGACAGCUGCCGAGGUUACAGAUGGUAAAUUAGGCUUUGAUGAGCCUCAUCAAAUUCGGUAUGCAGUUUAUGUACUCACCAUUGCUGUGCCGGAAAAGAUUUAUGAAAAGAUGUUAUCGAAUCAGAAGUUAAAAGAUCUGAAAUUUCUUCAACGUCAAAAUGUUAUUCCUCUUGGAGGAAUAGUUAACAUCAAAGGAAAAAUAGGAGAAUCAACAAAUCUUCCUAGUCGAAAGGCCAACUAUUACAACUGCACAAGCCAUACAGAUUCGAUUUCAAAGGUGAUUAACUUUCUUAGAGACCAAAAAAAUACUCGAAUUGAACAAAUGGUUCAAAUUACACCAUUGAUGUCACAUAGUGACUUAUAUUCCGUUCCUGCAUUGAUCCAAAUGGAAACAUUAUGCUCAAUGUUACUUGGACGGAAAGGGAAUUUUGGUUACAACUUCGUAGGCCGAGUGACUAACGCUUCAAAAGAAGAAAUGCGUGAAAAUGCUAAACGUCUUAAUAACUAUAUGGCACAAAAAAUCGAGGUUGAUGGUACGAAAGUCACUCGCCGUCAAUUAGCUCAUCAAAAAGGCGUCGAAACAAAAAAAAAAGAAUUCCAAAAACCCGAUGGCACGUCGACGAAUAUUUAUAAAGAAUCAGGUGAAAAAACAUCUAAAACACUAACUAGAGAAUUCCAAAACGAACAUGGUACCACGAUGACACGUGGUAGAGAAAUUGGUCUAAAAGCAGCCGAUACAAUGGCUAAGGAAUUCCAAAACCUCGAUGGCACGACGACAACAAUUCUUAAAGAAAGAAUUAAAAAAAGAGUCGACACAAUGGCUACAACCAUGGUUACUCUGGAUAGCGGUCAACAGGUGACUCAACACCAAUACGAAGCUAUCAAGAAAAUGACCAAACCGAAGGAGGAGCUGGAAAGAUUAUUGGCUGAAUAUUUGGGACAACCGCAUUUAAAAGACCUAACAGGUCAUGAAGCACCAACCAUGGUUGAGACAUCAAUCCACGAUUAUCAGUAUGGAUGGCAAGGAGUAUGCGAAGGAUGUGGCCAAAAAUGAACCACCCCAAACGCUCCACCAUCGCCUACACCAACAUCACCAACAUCACCAACAUCACCAACAUCAACUCCACCAGCAAUAACACUAUCUACAUCACCAUACGCCAAAAAAGCAAACAUCACCACCACCCUCAAGAUCCAGCUUGGUAUUCUACAACACCAAUUGUCCCCAAGAAUAUCACCAGACCACCGUCAACCUAUCGAACGAUUCCGAUAG